AUGGCGCAAACCGAACCCAUUGAUUUAACAAUAGACGACGAGGAUAACGAUGAUUUAAUUGAAUUAAAUUCGGAAAUUAAAUCGUUGUCCUCGUCGUUGCCCGCACUGCCACAACAACGACAGCAGCGAAUACCACCACGGCCGCCGCUCAAGCAACAGCUAAGGGCUCACCGAGCUCCGGACGCGCCCAAGAUAUCUACGAACCGCGUCUACGACCACAGCUCCGACGACGAUGUCAAUGGCUUCGAACAGCCUCCGUCGAAACGCCAGCGAACCGAUUCGGGCAUAGAAACGACAGGAACACCGUUACCAGACCUUAACCGACGCCUCUUUAAUGCAUACCUUGAAUCCAGCCUCUUGCCCGCAAUCGAGCAAACAAUAGCUCGGUUGGCCCCCGAUCUUGACGCAGAACACGCCGAGAAGCUACAUUUCACAGUCCUGAGCCAUGUCACAGAUAACGCCUUUGAGCAUGAAUGGGUGAGGAGCAAAUUCCGGCCCUCGGCCGCCUUCGAGGCCAAUCUACAUGCGAGGAUAAAACGCCUCGUGAUCCAGCUGAGGAGCAAGCCGGAACGACUCAAGGGUUUUCAAGCGCAAAAGCCUGCCCGGCCAGCAAUCAUUCCCCCGAUCGAAGACAUUGACGACUUGGCCGUUUACACAUCGGCUCCUGCCCAGUUUACCAGUGUUUCCGAAUUUGAGCAAGAGCCAGAAGAAAGGAACCCCGUAGGAAGACCGAGAAGAGACAGGUACGGAAAUAGUGGACAAGGAGGAAGACAACACGCGGGCCAGAAGCGCCGAGUCAAGCGGGCGUCGCCAGUCAGCCCCCAGCGCCUUCGGGCUAGAGUCAAGGCGAAGCAAUGGCAGUCUGGUAGGAUUGUUGAUGAUGACAACGGUGCUGGUUCAAAAUCCGGAAACAAAUGGUUCAGCUUGUCAUCACGACCAUAUCUUCCGUGGAGUGAGCGCCAAGGUGUGCUAGAGCCUGUUCACAUGCUCCGCCUGGAUGAUUCCGAGCUACGACAACCCUCCACUAUACAUGUCGAUUUCAGCGAAGAUGAGAUCCAGUUCCUUCAGACUGUUGCUAGGCGUCUUUACGGAUCCAAAAUCCAGGGACAGAGAAACAGUCUCGAAGACUUGAGACAUCUGCUCAAAAAGGCCAAAAAGGCAAAAGUUGGGCAUGUCUAUACAGACUUAUUCAAAGUUCACAACAAUGGUUACUCUUCUUUCGGUAACCCGCCACCCGCCUUGUUGUCCAGAAGCAUGACCGACCUCGACAACUUUGCAAACGACAUUUGCAGGCGCAAGCUUCGGCCAGGUCCACAUCAGACAUUCACCAUAAGUCGCGACGACUUGAGCAAUCGAGUAACCCGUAUCAACCGGGCACCUUCCUUGCUGUUCGCCCGCGAAAUCGUAGGAAAUCGUGCAUUCAACUCUACCCGCCGGUAUGCCAACUUUACCACGACAUUCAAGUCCAACCACGAAGAUGCAAUGGAGCCUCAGAUAGAAUGGACCAAUUGUGCUGGCGAUAUCAUGACUUUAAGCUGGGUGUCUAACACGCAGUUCAUUUGCGGUACCACGACUCACUCGGACUCUCAUAAUCAACAGUACAAUAAGCCAGGCAAUCUGCUCCUGGGCUCCUCUAGUCAAAGUACGCUACGUGCCUUUCCAGACCAUCGCAUCCCCCGGCCUGUAGUCCUGCAUGGAGACAAUGCUCUGGACGCCAUGGUGGAAAGUCAAGAUCCAUGGUUAUUCAGCUCUGUCGUGGAUUCAGAUUUUGACCCCGUUCAGAAGCUAGCUUUUACUGCCAGCUUUGACAAAACAGUCAAGAUCUGGCGAGUCAAGGACACCAUGGAACUGAUAGGGACAUGGGAACAUGGCGGCCGUGUCAAUUUUGUAUUGGCAUCGAAGCACCCGCAUGGCUUGGUGGCAACAGCUGUCGAUGUAGCCACUAAUGCCGUUCGAGUCUAUCACACGGCGACCAUUUGUUCGAAUCAGAGCUUUGACUCUUACUCCUGCACAAGGGUCGAUGAGGAGGACUAUACUCCUUCUGAAAAGUGGGCUUAUUGUCCCGCAGCGAUCCGCUGGGGUCUGGCUCCAGGCCUACAGCAUCUUUUGCUGGUUGGCUAUUCUCCUCGAAGCAUGACCGGUGAUGACCACGACAUCCCUCUGGACAAGCAAAGCACUGGCGAGCUCUGCCUCUGGGAUACGUUGCAGAGGCAGCAGAUUAAAGUUAACAGUCUGGCCACACAGAACGUAUUCGAGGUAGCAUGGCACCCAAGCAGGAACGCAUUUGCCGUGGCAACCUCUCAGGCCAUGUCUAUUGAAAGAAAUGACCACAAUAUUAAUACUCAAAUUCGCAUCUUUGAAAUAAACCCAGACACUGGCCAGUACGGAGCGAUCAAGACGCUGGAUUGCACAGCCAUUGAUAUCAAUGAGCUGGUCAUUCGACCCAACAGUGCCGCCUACUCGUACGUUGCAGCUGGGUGUACAGAUGGCAAUGUAUAUGUUUGGGAUACGGCCGGCAGCGAUCUACCCAUGUGUAUACUUCGCCACGGCGAACCGGUAGAAGAGCUCCUUGGCGAGAAGGAACUUGAGGACGUUGGGGUCAAGUUUGUCUCGUGGGGCACGACUGCGGACCGACUUUACACGGGUUCGUCAGAUGGUGUUGUCAAAGUUUGGAAUAUCCGAAACGGCAAAGCAAAGCACUUGCGGGAUCUCAUUGAAGUGUCUGGGCCCAUUACAGCAGGAGCAUUCUCUCCAGAUUACACAAAGCUCACUGUGGGCGAUGGAAGUGGAAGGGUUUACCUUCUCAGCCUCGAGGACGACGACGAUGAAGAAGGAAACCAGGCGGCAAAGAACAAUUCUGAUCUCCUGCGAAUGCAGCUCGGGGGCAAACAGAGAGCAAUACGCCGUCCCCGACCAUUCAUACCCCACCCCGAGGUUCCUCCUCCCGAAGGACUGGCUGGGCCAGAUCCUAGCCUGGGACGGCAGAGAGCAGGGGAGUAUCUGCAACGCGGGGAGAUCGUCCUGAAUCCGCAUCCUUGCAUUGGCGCCGUCCAGGGUCCAAGAUAUGCGGAAACCCGGCUCUUCCGGGCAGAGGCUCACAUGGACGAUGAUAUUAAAAAACCGCUACUAGCCGGGUUUGAGAGCCAGCAGCAAGAAAACACCAGGUUCGCCGAUCAUGCAAGGCCACGGCGCGUACGGCCAAUCAAGGGCUACGAGAGCGAGACGGCCAGCAGGCUACUACAUGAGAACACCUGGGCCGAGAUUUCUCACGGCCGAAAUCUCGACGAGUAUACGCGGGCACAGUUGGAGGCUGAAGGCGCCGAGUGCGACUCAGACUACGACUUUGACUACGAGUCUAGCUAA